GCAAAGUGCUACAAUAAUAAAAUUGUCUCUUCUUCCUAGUGCCAGCUCCAUUACCAUUAGUGGGCAGGAGGUGCAAUUCUUUUUUAGCUAAAAGUUACAGUAUAAAUACCCACUCAGACGAGGGGUUUGCUGCAAGAAGGAUUGUUGCAUUGGUGAGAAAGAGAAAUGGCAGCCGCAUUGAAAUUGGUCUGUCUUCUGGGAUUGAUUGUGCUUGUCAGCAUUGUGGGGCUAGAAAGGGUUGAUGCAGCAGGGGAAUGUGGGAAAUCAUCUCCUGAUAACGAGGCAAUAAAGCUAGCCCCAUGUGCUGAAGCAGCACAAGACCAGAACGCUGCUGUCUCGGCCAGUUGCUGCGACCAGGUGAGGAAAAUAGGCCGAAGCCCAAGCUGUCUCUGUGCCGUUAUGCUCUCUAACACUGCUAAAGCAUCCGGAAUCAAGCCUGAGAUUGCCAUAACAAUCCCAAAACGCUGCAACAUAGCCAACCGUCCAGUCGGUUACAAGUGUGGACCGUAUACGCUUCCUUGAAGGGAAGAUUUGUGGACUCAAGACUGCUUGCUGGAGCUCACUUGUUCUAGUGGUGACUAUGUAGCUUAAGCUUGCCCUUUGUACGAAUAAAUGCUUGCACCUUGUUUAUAUCUACCUUGAACAAUAAUACAAAUUGAACGUUUCUUCUUUUUUA